AUGUUCUGUCUCAGGAGCUGGCUCCCCCUCCUCUUCAUCCCAACCAACGCCUCCCCCCUUUUCCUCAUCUCCUAUGUCGCUCUCACCUACAUCCUCCACCGACCAUGCAUUUACUGCACCGCGCUUCUGAUAAUCCUCUUCGCCUCGUCCUGCAACUGGUCUGAUCACUGUUUCUUUGAUCUCCGCCGUGACUGGUUCUCGCCGCCUUUUGUUUCUUCUUCCGCAGAUACUGUGCAAAACACCACAACUGCUACUGCGAGUGCUGGGAAUGUUUCAUCUCUUUCGCCGGAACAGACGGUCUCGCCUCUCCACGACGGGGGAUUAGCGGGGUAUGUGUUUGAGGCGGUGAAUUCGACGACCAAGGCGUUGGCGGGUGCGGCAGUUGAGGGGGUACAGCAGAGGUUUGCGCUUAAUGAGACUACGACUGGUGCUACUGCUGCUGAUGAGCAAGAAUGGACUGGGGUUGGAUUGGAAUGGUUGCGCAGUUUGCUGGGGAGACGGGAGUGGACGAUUCCAUGUGUGGAUGUUAAGGUUAGGUUAUAA